AUGGAGUCGGUGCGGGCGCAGCGGCUGCAGCCCGGCGUGGGGACGCUGCGCUCCCUGCGGCCCGGCGUCACCGGGGCCCCCGCCGCCGCCGCCUCGGCCCCCCCGCCGCCUCCCGCCCCUCCGCCCGCCGCGGUGGCGGCGCCGCUGCCCGCCGCUCCGCCCCCGGCCGGGCUGGGGCUGGGGCUGGGGCUGGGCCUGGGGCUGCCGCCGCCGCCGCCCCCCCUGGGGCUGCAGGGACCCGCCGCGCCGCCGCCGCCCGGCGCCGGGCCGCCCGCCGUGCUGCGGGAGGCGGUGGAGGCGGUGGUGAGGAGCUUCGCCAAGCACACGCAGGGCUACGGCCGCGUGAACGUGGUGGAGGCCCUUCAGGAGUUCUGGCAGAUGAAGCAGUCGCGUGGAGCCGAUCUGAAGAACGGAGCCCUUGUGGUGUACGAGAUGGUCCCUUCCAACAGUCCCCCUUACGUCUGCUAUGUCACCUUGCCAGGAGGGAGCUGCUUUGGCAGUUUCCAGUUCUGUCCAACCAAGGCUGAAGCCCGAAGGAGUGCUGCGAAGAUUGCGCUAAUGAACUCGGUCUUUAACGAGCAUCCCUCCCGGAGGAUCACGGACGAGUUCAUUGAGAAGAGUGUUUCGGAGGCCCUGGCAUCUUUCAACGGCAACCGAGAGGAAGCUGAUAAUCCCAACACCGGGAUCGGUGCUUUCCGCUUCAUGCUGGAAUCCAACAAGGGAAAAUCGAUGCUGGAGUUCCAGGAGCUGAUGACCGUCUUCCAGCUGUUGCAUUGGAACGGCAGCCUCAAGGCCAUGCGAGAGCGGCAGUGCUCCCGGCAGGAGGUCCUGGCUCACUACUCCCACCGCGCUCUGGACGAUGACAUAAGGAACCAGAUGGCCAUGGACUGGGUGAACAGGGAGCAGAAUAGCCCAGGGGCCCUUUCCAGAGAGCUGGCUUCAACGGAGAGAGAGCUGGACGAAGCCCGCCUGGCUGGGAAGGAGCUGCGUUUCCAUAAGGAGAAGAAAGACAUCCUGAUGCUGGCAGCCGGCCAGCUGGGGAGCAUGCACUCCUCCAACUGCUAGACUCUGGCGUGCAAGUCGUUCCGCUCCCCCAGGCCUACUAACACCUCCACGCUGACGGGAUGCGUCCCGUGUCACGUAAAGCAUGUAAUGCCUCUUCCGGAAUUGUGGCCCAUUUGCACAUUUUAAAGAUUUUUUUUUUUUUUUAAGAAAAAAAAAAACCAACAACAAAGUCCUGUACAGAUUUUUAAACCUUUUAAUACUUGCUUCUAGACCUACUCCUCAGCCUCCUAUCUGCUAGAGAAUUCCUUCUCUCACUUUUUUUUAAAGACGGCAUUAAAAACGCGGCCUUUCAGUAUUAACACCGAAGACCUCCGCUGUACGUUGGUACUAUAUAGCUGGCAGUAUUCCGUGAAAUGUAGCACUCCUUCCAGAAAGCUUCUGUUCUUCGGAGCUGAUGCAUGACAUGCAGACCUGCUUUUUUUUUUCCUUCUGCUUCUAUAGUCGAGGGGGGAUCUAUCAAAACUCCUUCUUGGUAAGCACACUAAUUAACAAACCACAAAACAAACCAACCAACGCAUUCUCUUUCACGCUGCAAUGUGAGCUGCGUGGGGGAACACUCCCAAGCAUGUAAAAGGGAUUUAAAACCGGGAUUUUGUUUUGGCCAGAGUUAAGUCUGGGGAUCAGUCUACGGAAUUCCAGUUCCAAGCUCAGGCGGGUUUCGCAGUUACCCCUACAGCUCUCGGGUGGCUGUAUCUGUUCCUGCUCCGGCUUCUCGCUCGUGGGGCAGGACGUACUUCAUUCUCCAAGUAAAUAAUGCACCUAACGACGAAUUACGAGGCCCUGCGGUACGUAAUGGAUUGGACUUGGCAGUUUAAUUAGUCAGCACCAGACCGAGCCUCCUGCUCCUCUCCUUUUCGAUCCUCUUUGGGUUCUUACGGUGUUUCGCCCGGCCUGGCGGGGUGGAGAUGCCGAAGUCCUGUCCCAAGCACCAGCAGUCGGUGGGGCGGGAUGAAGUGCCCCGUUUAUUUUGCUGGAAAUGGAGCGCUGGUGGUUUUUUGGCUUCCCCAGCCAAGCUGGGGAGAUGCGGAUUUUUUUAUUUUUCUUUUUUAAAUCGUGCAAGAAACAAGAGAUGGAUGUGCUGUUCUCUCCGGAGCAGCUUCCAAACCAAAUGUCAGACUUGGCCUUUUCAGGGAAGGUUUAAAAAGCCUUGCCAGAGUUUCGGAACUCGCUAGCAAUAAGAGGGGAAACUGCUCAGCUUCUCUCCCUGAAGAGCCUUGCAAACACAAGUCUUUGUUAACUAGAACCGUGUUUAAGUCUUUGUUAACUAGAACCGUGUUUAAUCCUUUGAACCGGAGCGCAGAUCCAGCCCCAAGCAGCGAAAGCUCAGACCAGGGUUUGGCCUCAGCUCCGCUUUGCUUCUGUCAGCCAGAUAAAGGGGUCUGACCCUUUGCUGUGCCUAAUUGACACCGCCCAGCUCCCUCUGCAGCUGCCCCCCCCCCGGAAACAGUUAUUGGGGACGAUUCUUAGGAUUUCUGGUAGAGCAGAAGGCCGAGUAGUUCUUGAGGGCAGCAGAUUGUGCAGAGCUUACCGUUCCUCGGUCAGAACUUGGCAGGGGAGGAAGGGAACGGCGUGACUGCCGGGCUGGACAAAACGGAGGUGUGGGCUGUGGGUUUUGGCCCCCCCGGUCUGGAGCGUUUGUGCAGCGUAGCCCCGAUGGGGAGAGAGGGUGACGGCGAGAGCUGCGCUGCUCGGGGAGCUGGGAGCGCCCGCGUCGGAACUUGUUCCCUUCCUUCUAAUAGCGGCGAUGGAACAGGACAGAAUUCUCUAUAUGCACUAUUUUUUUAAACGAGUAGUUCCCUAUUCUUUGUAUACCUAUCAGUGCUAAAUCUGUAUGAUGUUUAGGGUUAAAAAAAUGCCCUUUCUGACCUUAAAGUGUUCCCACAGCUCAAGUUCAGUCACGAAAGUAGCGACAGGUUCAAGGUAACUCCUUGAAUUCCUACUUUUCCGAUACAUAGCCCGGAAGAGCCAGCAGCGUCUCAGCGGGAAUAGAAAUCGAAGGCAGACUUCAAUUCUUCUUUCUUCAGCGCAGCCUUGAGCUUUCUCCGGUUCUUUUCCCCUGGGUGGAGGUACAAAGCCUCCGGGACCCGGCAGUUUCCGUAGGCGGCCGCCCCUCGCGCCCUCGCCUUGCGCUGCAGCGGCUCUCGCGCAGCGUGUCUGACCGCGGAGGCGGGCGGGUAUUCGAGCAAUAAUCUUUGUUUUGAGGUGGAGAUUUAAAAAACUGCAUUAUCUGUAGGUAUUCUAGUUUUGUAUUCUCGUCCUAACAAGCUUAUUUUGGUUUUUUUUAUAUAUAUUUUUUAUAUGCAGCCUCUUUACACAACAGUAUUAAUGUUUAACGUGUUUAUAAAUGUGAUUGUAAAUGG